UUCAUCGUUUCCUUCUCAUCAUCCACUCAAAAGUCAAAACACUCCCAAAAAGUCGUCCAUUCCACAAACACGCUUCAGCCCUCUUCAAGCUUCCCUAUACAAACGCCAAAACUGAGGAAGAAAGCAAACAUGGAUUCUGUCAACAUCUUCAAAGGUUAUGGCAAAGUAAACGACCUCGAAGAUCAAUCAUCCCAACGCCGGAACACCACCACCCCCUCCAGAAAGCCCCUCAUCUUCACAUUCUCCAUCUUAGCCAUCCUCCUCUUGACGCUGACCAUCGGCGUAUGGCUCGGAGCCCUGAUCCACCACACAGAAACCGAGCCACCCGAGUUCCCACCACUCUCGUCAAUCAGGGCCGUGUGCGAGGUGACUCGCUACCCCGAAUCUUGCUUCUCCAGCAUAUCCUCCCUCAACCUCAAUCCCAACCCCACCUCCCCAGAACCAGCCGACCCAGAGGCCAUUUUCAAGCUCUCCCUCCGAGUCUCCAUCGCCGAACUCUCGAACUUCAAACCCACGAUCUCGAAUUCGAACGAGGCUGCUUUGCGCGACUGUCGAAGCCAGAUAGAGGAAGCGAUGGGUCAACUCAAUGACUCCUUGGUGGCGAUGGAUGUGGACCCAGGAGAGAAGGUGUUGACGGAGGCCAAGAUCGGAGACCUAAAAACGUGGAUAAGCGCUGCGAUGACGGACCAGGAGACGUGCUUAGAUGGGUUGGAGGAGAUGGAGUCAACGACUCUCCAAGCGGUGAAGACGAAGAUGCAGAAGGCCAGGGAGUACACCAGCAAUAGCUUGGCGAUAUUGGCUAAUCUACGCACUCUUCUUGGCCAGUUCCAUAUGUCCCUUCAUUGAUUUUUUUUUUCCCCCAUUAAAACCACCUAAAAUCUUUUUGGGUGCUUUUUUUGUCUACAAUUUGUGUGUGAUUUUAGUUUUUGUUAUUUCGUGCA